AUGCACAGAGGAAUCAGGGUCGCCGCUGCCUGCCUACCCACCUGCUUAUGCGCUGGGGUUGUGGUGGGCCAAGAUGGGCUUCUUGGAGGAGCAGCUUGGUUAGAAGCUGGUGAUGAGCAACAGCAAGGACGACCAGUGGCAGUGACUAUCCCCUACACUGAAGAGGCCUGGAGGUCAGACCCCAACUGGCUGUAUAGAAUCCAAGAUUCUGAGGAUGACAGAGAGUCCCAGGAAGCCAAGCAACUGAUUCAGCCAAUAGCUGAGAAAAUCAUUGCCAAGUGCAAAGCCAAAGAGAAGGAGCAUCACUUCCAUUUUUUUGUACCUGAGGAGGAUGACAUGAUUGACUUUCUGCAAGGUUACACCAACCCUCCUGAGGCUGCCCCUUUGCUCACUACCCUGGACAUGUCAACACUAACCGAGUAUGUGAUGGACGUGGAGGAGAUCACCCCUGCCAUUGUGGAGGCCUUUGUGAAUACCUUCCUGGCAGAAAAGUUCAAUCCGGAGCCCAUCUAA